GUUUAUCAGCCAGAUGGAUGUAUUCUGGCUUUAAACUACAGCCUGAAAAACAUGCAGGUGAUCUUUUGUCUCCCAGCAACCCGCACAGCUGAGCACGGGCGGGCAUAAUUUGGAGGCCUGUGAGUGACAGCACAUGUGCUGGGGUUCAUUGGAGGCCUGCUGCUGAAAUUCUAACCCCUUUUACCCCACGACUGUGAGACAUACCCCAGCUAUGGACAGGGUGGAGCUGUUGGAGACAGAUGCUGGGAGAGGGAAGGAAGGACAGACUUGCACGGUGGAAGGACAGAGAACGAAAGAGAGAGAAAGGUUUGGAAAUUGACCUGCUUUGGCCAUUUUUUGUGCAGUAAAGCCACAGAGGAGGCUAAGAUCUGGCUGUGGUCAGAGGUCUGUGGAGAGUGAGGUUCUAAGACCUGGUUUGAGGAUGGCUUUGUGGAGGUUGAUGAGCUGCUGGCUGAGUCUGCUGGUCUGUCAGGUCUGUAGCUCUGUUGAGUAUCACCACAAUGAGGCAGAGCAGGACCUUCACGCUCUUUACCUCUGGAGAAAUAGAGGAAAAGGGAUAAUAAGAGUCAAGAGAGACUGGAUCAUCCCCCCCAUCAGAGUUUCAGAGAACAGCAGAGCUGUUCCAGAAGACCUGGUCCAGAUCAAAUCAGACAAAAUCUUCUCAGGAGAGGUGAUCUACAAGCUAGAGGGACCAGGGGUGGACCAGGAGCCCAAAAACCUGUUCGAGAUUGAUGAUAAAACAGGAAUGAUCAGGAGCAAGAGGCCGCUGGACAGAGAGCAGCACAGCAGCUUCACGCUGAAGGCAUUUGCCCUGUCCCCCAGCGGAGAAAGACUGGAGAACCCCACAACCAUCGAGAUAGUGGUGCUUGAUCAGAACGACAACAAGCCCGUUUUCACCCAAAAGCAGUUUUUUGGAUCAGUCCAGGAGUUCUCUGUUCCAGGAACAUUGGUGAUGUCAGUCUCAGCGACAGAUGCAGAUGACCCAAUGACAGAAAACGCAGUUCUGGGCUUCUCCAUCGUUGGUCAGGAGAGCAUUCCUCCCAAUGCUGUAAACAAGACUAUGUUUGGUAUUAACAACCAAACAGGAGCUAUUUACACCAGAGAUGUGGGCCUAGACCGAGAGGUGGUGAAGGAGUUCAAGUUAAAGCUGCAGGUUGCUGAUAUGGGGGGCGACGGAUUAAUCAGUGAUGCUGUAGCCAUCAUCACUGUAUCGGAUAUCAACAACCAUGCACCACACUUCCACCCUACCUCAUACAACAUUAAGGCACUGGAGAAUGUUUACAACGUUGAGAUUGGCCGAGUGAGCGUGACAGACAGAGACGACCCUGGAACAGGAAACUGGGAGGUCAAAUACACAGUAUCUCAUGACCCAUUUGGAAACUUUGCCAUCCAGACAGAUCCAGUCACCAACCAGGGAAUCCUGACUGUGGUGAAGCCCCUAGAUUAUGAAGUCAAAAGGGAACACAACUUGAUUCUGACUGUGGAAAAUAUAAAUCCUCUGAGCAUCAAGGCGCCCAACUUACCUCUGAGUUCUGCCACUGUGUCAAUCACAGUUGUCAACGAGAAUGAGGCUCCGUAUUUUAAGGAGAACCCCAUACUGAUCCAGGUCCCCGAGAAUGAGAAACCCGGAAAGCUGCUGAAAAGCAACAUUGCCUCAGACCCGGACCAUUCUGAACUGAGAUUUGAAAUUAGCAAAGACCCUGAGGGGUGGCUGGACAUCAACCGAGAAACUGGAAACAUUUUCCUCAGAAGAGCCUUCAACAUGAGAUCCCCACAUGUCGAAAACAACAUUUACAGUGCGGUCAUCAAGGUUACAGAUGCCGGUGGUGUUUCAGCCUCUGCAGGGGUGAGCAUCAUCCUGGAGGAAACCAAUGACUUCCCUCCCCAGCUCCUCCCUUUGAGCCGUUUCUUAUGCACGGGUGACAGCAGAAGGACUCCUGGUUUUUUACUGACUGCUGUGGAUGAAGAUCGUUCUCCACAUGCCUCUCCCUUCAUUUUUGUCAUUCCUGACUCUUUAUUGUUAAACUGGACUGUCACUAAAGUCAACGAUACUCAUACAAUCCUCCGGCCCACUGUAGAGCUGGAAGCUGGAGAGUAUACAGUCACAGUGUGGGUCACAGACUCUGGCAGCCCAUCUCAGAGUGCUUUAAGUCAAGUCAAUGUCACUGCAUGUCUCUGUGACUCCUAUGGUGACUGUAGAUCUGAGGCGGGGGCUUUCUUCGGCUCCAGAGUGGGAAUCAGCUUUAUCGCUCUCAUUAUUAUCAUUGCAUCUGGUGUUCUUCUACUUGUGCUGCUAUUCCUGGCUGUGGCUAUAAAUGCCUGUGGGAGACGUCAUCACAUAAAGAAAGGGUCAGGUCUGCUUGUCGGGGAAUCAGAGGAUGACAUACGCGAUAACAUCCUCAACUACGAUGAGCAGGGAGGCGGUGAGGAGGAUGAGAACGCCUUCAACAUUGACCUGCUGUGGAACCCCCGUGAUGCGCCUCCCACCCCGUGGUCCCUCUAUCCGGGGUCUGGCCUUCCUCGAGGCAAGCAGCCCCUCAGGAAGGACGCCCCACACAACCUGCCCUCCCCCACUUAUCCCCGGCGCCCUCCUGCAGAUCCUACUGACAUCGAGGACUACAUCAAUGAAGGCUUGGAGGCUGCUGACAAUGAUCCCAACGUGCCUCCAUAUGACACAGCCCUGAUCUACGACUUCGAGGGAGAAGGCUCAGUGGCUGGCAGCCUCAGCUCCAUCGCUUCGGGCAGCUCAGACGGAGAUCAGGACUACGAUUACCUCAACGACUGGGGACCACGGUUUCAGAAACUAGCCAAUAUGUACGACCCACGUUAAAGCCAACAGAACAGGAUCUGUGGAGUUUAGCGCACGCUUCAUGGUUGAGGUCAUUUUUAAUUUUCUGGACACAUUUGAAAGAAUCCAACACAGAAUCCUAAGAAAAGGUGAAUGAGACUUGAAUUGAGUGUGACUUAUUUGAGUUUAUUUGAACACAACCUACAAGGUGACUUAAUGCGGCAUUUUGUGAAGCGAGUCACUUGAAGUUGUGCCUGCUGAAUGCAGAAUGUCUGUCCAUCUUCUUCCAGCCUACUAAUGACAAACUAAAAAGGCAUGAAAUACUUGGUUUUUUAUCUAUUUCUUUUUUUUUUUUUACAUACGUAAUUUUAUAAGAUGAGUCUUUAAUAUUUUUGCUUUUGUGUUCAACAACAAACCCUCUAUUCCAGCAUUUGUUAAUCUUUAAGAGAGGUAGCUCUACAGACCGCAACAUGGAACAUUCAGAAAUAUCUAACCCUAAACCCUAUUUUCAGCCUUUACUGGUGUCUUUAAAAUAAAGUGUUUAUUUCUCAUAAAGCUGGCUUUAUUUACUCAUGUGCACCCAUGUACAUUAUACAUUAUUUUAUCUGUUUAGACCAAGAAUAAAUACUGCCUGGAAAGUGGUACGGCUUUUAAAUAUUUAUUUAAAUAUUUGGCAACACAUUUUUGUAAUCAAUUUACAAUCCCUCCUCAUAAAAUAAAACAUUCUAAUUAAUUCCACCUUCUUUCCUUGUAUAAAUGAGUCUUUUGUAUACAACCCAAUAAAAUGGAAAAAAAAUAAUUCUCCACUACAAUUAUGAAUUAUCUUCAGUGAAGUUUGUGGGUGAACUGAAUGGGAUUGACAGAGCCAGAAAUGAAAAUGUAACAGCUCACUUACGACAGCUGAGAGCGAAGGUCUCUCAUAUCAGCAUUUACAUUUUAAUCGUUUUCAAAAACCUUUAAAUGCUGAAAGGUCGUGCCUUUUCACUGAUCUAUUGUUUGAAAGCAAAAAUUCUCACAACCCUUUAAUAACAUUACACAGAAUUUAGAAUGAUUUCAUGCUUGCUAACAACAUAAUGAAGACUUAUAUUCUAUCCUUAAAGGGCUAGUCACGUUUUUCCUUUCAGUGCUUGUACACAGCUUCAUUUACCCUCAUAGGAAUUUAUGUCCAUUUUGCUGCAGAAUGAUGCAUUUAUGUAAAUGUGAACUUUUUAACUGAACGUAAAUGAAACUUUGUUGGAAAGCGCAGCUUGUAUUUAUAAAUACCCCUAUAUUAUCUUUACUGCCUCUUGCGGAUGUGAAGAGCCAUCAGUUCCCUAAAUUCAAACACAAAUCUGCUACAGUACAUUCGCAUAAACAGACAUGUACAGACAGCACAUUCUAAAAG